GACCGUGGCAGGCUAGAUCGACUUUACCCUACUCCUCUUCCCCUCCUCCGGGCAGCCGAGAGCUGGGGGCCUCCAAGGUUAAAAGAUCAAGAAACUUAGGUCACAUGGAGUCACGUCUUGAAGUAGAGAACCCAGACCAGAAUGUAAUGGGAUCUUCCACAUGUGAGGCUGAGCUUCAGGAAUUAAUGGAACAAAUUGACAUCAUGGUAAGCAACAAAAAAAUGGAUUGGGAAAGAAAGAUGCGGGCUUUGGAGACAAGGCUGGAUCUUCGAGAUCAAGAGUUGGCAAAUGCACAAAACUGUUUGGACCAAAAAGGUCAAGAGGUGGGGUUACUUCGACAGAAAUUGGACAGUCUGGAAAAAUGUAACUAUGUAAUGACUCAGAACUAUGAAGGACAACUUCAAAACCUUAAAUCUCAAUUUUCUAAACUGACAAAUAGCUUUGAAAAGCUGAGAUUGCACCAAAUGAAACAAUGUGGGACUCUUAACAAAGAUGAAAUUCCAUUUGAAUUGAGCAACAUAAACCAAAAAUUAGAGGAAUUUAGAGCAAAAUCAAGAGAAUGGGACAAGCAAGAAAUACUAUAUCAGAACCAUCUGGUUUCUUUAGAUGCCCAACAAAAAUUGUUAUCUGAGAAGUGUAAUCAAUUUCAGAAACAGGCCCAAAGUUACCAAUCUCAACUAAAUGGGAAAAAGCAGUGUCUAGAAGAUGCCAGUCUUAACAACCCUGAACUUGCUCUGUUGACCUGUGAACCAGAUAUUAGUAGUGAUACUGUUGAAAGAGAUGAAUUCAUUAUUGAAAAACUGAAGUCAGCUGUGAGUGAAAUAGCAAUAAGUAGGAAUAAAUUACAAGAUGAAAAUCAGAAGCUUCUACAAGAACUGAAAAUGUACCAAAGACAGUGCCAGACCAUGGAAGCAGGACUUUCAGAGGUGAAAAAUGAAUUACAGUCACGUGAUGAUCUCUUGAGAGUUAUAGAAAUGGAACGACUGCAGUUACAUAGAGAAUUAUUGAAAAUAGGAGAGUACCAAAAUUUUCAAGAUAAUCAAAAAAGGCUUGAGCCGUCCUAUUCACAUAUCCUCAAAGAACCAGAAAGAAAAGAGAAAGAGCUAUUCUCCUUGACACCUGACCAGGCAAAUCAGGAAAAGGAACUGAACAAGAUAAGAGCCAAUCUUUAUCAAGAAGAACAGUCGCACAGCUCUGAACAGGAAAGAAUGAGGAGUGAAAUCUCUGACCUGACAGAAGAGCUUCAUCAGAAGGAGAUCACUAUAGCAACUGUUAUGAAGAAAGCUGCUCUUCUGGAAAGACAGUUAAAAAUGGAGUUAGAGAUAAAAGAGAAAAUGUUAGCAAAACAACAGUUGUCAGAUAUGAGAUAUAAAGCUGUCAGAUCUGAAAAUACACAUCUGAAAGGAAUGAUGGGAGAUUUGGAGACUGGAAGAUACCUGACAAGUGAAGUUACUGAUACUAAGAAUGUAGAUUAUUGUAACAAGGAACAUGCAAGGUACACAGCUUCUAUCAACAAACUGGAGUGUGAGAAUGAAAGGCUCCGAAGUGAUCUUGCCAAACUUCAGGCUAACGGAAAAUCAGCGUGGACCAAUCCAAAUGUAUAUGAUGAAACAGUAAGACAAGCCUAUCACGCCCAAAUAAAGAUGAAAGAACAUGAAGAUAGACUUAUCCAAGAUUGUGAACCAAACUUAGGUGUGAUAACUACAUCAUCACCUGUGGCAUUUCAGCCCCAGUGUAACAUGUUUCCUGUCAAAGAUAUUGCAAGCCCUUUGGGGAGUGAAGACGGAGUUUAUCCAUUGUCUCCCCCAGAGAUGUCAUUCCCUGCUUCUUUGACAGCACAGAAUUUCCUUAUGGAAGAAGAGAAACGAGCGAAAGACCUGGAAAAGCUUUUAAAUACACAUAUAGAUGAACUGCAAAGACAUACAGAAUAUACUCUCAAUAAAUACACCAGGGUAAAACAAAAGAGACAUAUAUGAGCCUUUAAACUUUUUUAUUUGCUUUCCCCUCCACCCCCAAGGCAAAAAGCCCUGGCAAAACAUUUGCAAAGCUGAUGAAUGAAAAUGAAAACUCUUGUUCUGUUUUCUUGAGUAAAUAAUUGCUAUAAGGCAACUAGAAAAUAGUAAGUAUUUUGUUCUAUAAAGCUGUUUGCUUUAUUGCAUUAACAUCCUAAAGUGUUCUGCUGUAGAGUUGCCAUAAAAUAAACAUGACUGCUAUCACAGAGAUUUUUCCAGUCUAAGGAGUAUCUUGGAAUUAACUAUGCAGCUCUUUUCCCACUUGAAUCAUGUACACUAAAAAUCCAUUUCCUCUGUAACGACAGAAGCGAACUUAAAGACGGAAGAGCAUUUUGAAUAAAACAAUCUAGUACAGCUCAGUUGAACUAAAAUUGAAAAUGUGAGAUUUUUUUCAUGCAAAAAAUAUUUUUGUGUUUGUGUUACUUUAAAAUAUGAACAUUUAUUUUCAUAGAAAAUACUGACAUGUUCGUGUUUCUGCAUUUCCUUUUCUAAUGAUCCUAUGACAUUAACAUUGUGAAGGUCAUCUAAGGUGCUCUGGGCCCAUUUCAGAUGUGCCAUGUUAAGGCUUCCCAAAUGAAAUACGUCCUGACUUCAUCGUCCAUGUGAACAUGAACAGUAAAGUUAACACUACAAACAAAUAUCCAUCCCAAUUCUAUUUCAUUUUCCAAAAAUAUCCUUUGGACGGGAGUUUGACUUUCUUGACUAAGUACCAAAAUGAAUUUUCCUGCAAAGGUUAUGAAAAAUGCCGGGUGGUUACCGUAUCUCCUGGGGGGUCUUAAGUUUUUCAUUUUAUGUUUAAAAAGACUAAACAUCAAGACGGAAAAUUGAAGGGGAGAAAGCACAAUUAUUUUAAUGGUGGAAGGCUUCACUUUGUUCUGCAUAGUAAUGAAGUGCAGAUGUACACAGACAGAUGGUUAACACCACAAUAUUAUC